CUGACCUUGGUUUUGUACUACGCUGCAUUCUAGAUGCUUGGAUCAGACCUCAAUCUCAGCAGUGCUAGAUUACAUAAUAACUUGUUGUAUAUUUGUUUUUUUGGUUGUAAACAAUACCUGAAUGCCCACAGAUGCAUGACGGACUGACAGUUAAAUUCCCAAUUAAAUGUUAGGGCAUUAGAGGAGUAAUGCUGGAUCUGACUGAGGUUUAGGACAGGAAGGGUCAGGUUUGGAGAAACAGGAAACUGAUGAAGGGAAACGAUGCACGUCACACAAGUACACAGCGUCGUUGGUAAAAAGUGAAGCAGUCUUAACGCGCAAAUGGAGUUCUUCCUCAACUUACGGAUAAAACUCUUACUUUUACCAGCCUGGCUUUCAAUUUUGCUGGGUCCAUGCGCUUUUUCAAAAACUUGCCAGCGUGUCAUUGGAACGCAGCUUGCAAUAAUGUGACUGGCCAUUGUUUGUGCAACCGAGGUUUUUAUGGAGAUGGAAUCAAACAGUGCAUUGAUGAUGAUGAGUGUAAAAAUGUCACUCAUCACUCGAUCUGUGGCGAUAAUGCCAACUGCACGAACACAAACGGAAGCUAUGAAUGUACCUGCUUUCAUGGAUAUGUGUCAACAGGGAGUAAAAAAUUUCAAACUAAUGAUGGACUGACACACUGUAAAGAUGAUGAUGAGUGCGUGAACACUACGAUUUGUGGACCAUUCUCCAAAUGUUACAACACAAUUGGCUCUUUUUACUGCUCAUGCCAAAGAGAUUAUAUAAGUUCUUCAGAAAGAAUCUGGUCUCAGCCAAAUAGUGGGAUUGUGUGCAAAGAGGACCCAAAUAAGGACUGCCAUCAAGAUGCAGGAUGUAUAACGAUGGCUGUUAAGACCGUCAUACAAAGUAUCAUUAACCUGCCAGAUUCACAGCAGCAAAUGGAGAAGAUAAAAAAUCAAACAUUAGGUGACCUUGCUCCAGUCACAAUAAUCUCUUACAUCGAUGCAAUAGAGGCCUCAGUGUUACGAUUUGCAAACAAGACUCAGAAAGACAGUGCCAUAAAUGACACAAUGAAGAAUUUGGUUCAAAGUGUGAACAAUCUGGUGGAAAAGGAGGAAAAGGUGGCUUGGAAUAGAAUGAAAGAGGAUACUAAGGACCAGUACAUAACAAAGUUACUACACACAGCAGAGCAAGGAGCAGUGAUACUUUCUAAUUCCUACAAACAUUCAGCUGAGGUGGACAUCAAAACAUCUGACGUAGAACUGAAACUCUACAAAUUUGACCUUAAGAAAAAACAGAACUCCAAUGUCUCAGCAUCAAUAGGUGGAGAUUCAAUUUCACUUACACUUAAGUAUAUGAAAGAGGAAAAUACAAACAGUAUUCAAAACAGCAGCAUCUCUGUUAUAUUCCUGCACUAUGACAGCAUUGGGCCUUUAAUGAAACCCAGUUCUGACCCCGGGGUGAACGACUACAGCCGAUACGCCGAAGCAGGAGAGAUUACAGUAAAUUCCCCUGUGAUAGCUGCAGCCAUAAGUUCACCAGAUGUUUUCCCUUUGGAUCAUGUGACCUUCAAUCUUAAACACCAUGAGCCUAUAGACCCUGAAAUUGACGAGACAAAAUGUGCUUUCUGGGACUAUUCGCUGAGCAGCAUGAAAGGUCACUGGUCCAUCGAGGGUUGUGAGCGAACUCGUGUCAACAAGACCCAUACCACCUGCUCCUGUAAUCAUCUAACACACUUCGCUAUCCUCAUGUCCUCUGGCCGUGCCAAUCUAGCUGCACACUACAACGUGCUGAGUCGCAUCACUCAGCUGGGAAUGGUGAUCUCCUUGAUUUGCUUGUUCAUGUGCAUCUUCACCUUCUGGUUCUUCAGUGAGAUUCAGAGCACUAGAACAACUAUCCACAAAAACCUAUGUUGCAGCCUUUUCAUGGCUGAGUUCAUCUUUCUGAUCGGGAUCAAUAUGUAUGCACACAAGUUGUUUUGUUCGGUUGUUGCUGGGUUGCUACAUUAUUUCUUUCUGGCGGCUUUCGCAUGGAUGUGUAUUGAGGGCAUACACCUGUACCUGAUUGUGGUUGGCGUCAUCUACAACAAAGGCUUCCUCCAUCGCAAUUUUUACAUUUUUGGUUAUGGCAGUCCAGCAGUAGUUGUCAUCAUCUCUGUAACUCUUGGCUACAAAUACUACGGUACAGAUUCUGCAUGCUGGCUAAGUACAGAACGAAAUUUCAUUUGGAGUUUCAUUGGACCUGCAUGUUUGAUUAUUCUGGUGAAUUUGUUGGCGUUCAUUGUAAUCAUCUGUAAAGUCUAUCGUCAUACAGCUGUAAAGAAACCUGAGAUCAGUCACUAUGAAAAUAUCAGGUCUUGUGCACGAGGGGCACUUGCUCUCUUAUUUGUACUUGGAGCUACCUGGACAUUUGGUGUGGUGCACAUCCUUAAUGAGACCACUCUCACAGCUUAUCUCUUCACGUUCGCAAAUGCAUUCCAGGGGAUGUUUAUCUUUAUCUUCCUCUGCGUUUUGUCUCGGAAGGUCCAAGAAGAGUACUACCGAAUGUUCAAGAACGUGCCGUGUUGUUUUGAAUGCCUGAGAUAAGGAAAUCAAAUAGUUUGGACAAGCACCAUUGUGGAAGCUGAAAUAAAAUAUUGUAGUACUCAUAAGUAUUUGAGGUUGCAAAAAAUUUUUAGUCUUUUUUUUUUUCGACUACAAAAUUUCUAUAGUUUUAUGUAGCAAAUGUGAUAAUCAGGACCAUCUCUUACAGUAAAAUUGAAUGUAAAACAUAGAUAUAAUGUUAUAGUAAAUAGUAGUUUAAUUGUUGCUUGUGUGGCAGCCCAGGAAAACUUUUCUCUCUCUCUCUCUCUCUCUCUCUCUCUCUCUCUCUCUAUCUAUCUAUCCUCUUAUUGGCUGCAUAGUUCUAAUCAGUUUAAACACCAAUCUAUGUAAAUGCACUGCCAUAUGAACAAAUGUAACCAUAAUAACAUACCAUCACAGAAACAUACAAAGUGAGGCAGCUAUUGUGAACAUUUCCUAAUGACCUUACUGCACUAAAUAGGUGUUUUGCAUGUCAUUACCUUUUAUUUGAAUAGAGUGAUUUUUAUCAGUGGCCAAUGGCACAAGAUAAAUUUGAUAAACUGGAGAAUAAAUAAGAAAUCCUAAAAAAUGGCACAAGGAACCAACAGCUUCAUUAUUAGUAGAGAUGCAACACAGACACAUGUAAUUCACCCAAACACACACCCUCCCCCUCCUUCUCUCUCUCUCUCUCUCUCUCUCUCUCUCUCUCUCUCUAAUAACUAUUUAUUGGAAGCCAUUCAAAUACAUGUAACCUUAUUGCACUACUUUUUCUCUGUAUAUGAUUUGGAGUGGGCAGAAUUCGAGACCUGCAAAAAUCUCUAAGAGUUUUAGUUUUUCAGUGGUGGAAAUUGACCAUGGUAUAAGUGGGAUAAUCCAUGACUAGGAGUAAUCCCUGACUUGUCUGACUCUCUUGGAAGCAACAUCCUUCCCACUUUGUGCACGUGUUAACAUCAAACACCACACACCUAGCCAUGCAUCAUUUCUGACACAUAGUUAAAAAUUUGAUCAUAUGAAAGGUUUCCCAAGCUGCCACAUAGUAUGUGUGAUUCACUGUGUGCAGUUUAUUUUCAGUUGUAUUUGAAAAAAAGCCUAAAACUAACUUCUAUUCUCCAAUAAUAGUAAAAGUACUACACUUAUACAAAAAACGUAUUAUAUACAGUAACUAGCUCAUUUGAUCAGUUAUUUACUACAGAGACUUGUUUACAAUGUAUUUAAAGUUGCUUAACCUAAUGUUGUGUUUCUGCCUGUAAAACAGUUGUAUUCUGUAUGUCUUGUAUAAAUCAUUCAUGAGUUAAUGAGUUCUUUUGUGAAGCUUGGAUAUAUUUUUUGUUUCGUCACUAACCAUUUUUUAUUGGGCAUCUGAUGACUUUUUUUUUUAAGCAAAUUAAAUCAAAAUGUACAGAAUGAUGUCAAGGUGCAUUAACACUGUAAGUCAAAAGUUUUUGUCACAAUGUGAAAGUACCCUUACAUGCAAAGCAGGUCCACAAACUUUAAUCUUUAAUAACUCAAGGCAAAAAAUAUUAGUCUAUUCAAUUAUUUCACCAAAAACCAAACAAAAUAAAACAGAAAUGGCCUUAAAUAUGACAUUUAAAAUUGUACCCCAUUAAUUUCAGUAUCCUAGCAUGCUGUUAAAUUAGUGCUUUGUUAGGAGAAACAGUCAAGAAAUAGUGAACAACUCAUUUAAAGUUUUAUAGCAUAUUUACUGAAUAAGGUGUAUACUGAAGUGUUGAAAAGAUUUGUUAUUUUACACAGCAUUCAAAAUUAAAUAACAGUAAAAUGAAAUUAAUAAUAAUAAUUAAAAAAACAAAGCCACAGUGGAAUAAGUCAGGAGGAAACAGAAAACAAAACUUUGCAGACUUUGGCCAAAUAUGAAUUAAAAUUCUGCAAGAAUGAAUGCAUUUGUGAAAUAUUAUUAGUAAUAUUAACUGUAAAAGAUAAAUGUCAGGUUUGAAUCUUCACUGUGUAUCGAUACAUAUUCCUUGGUUUGAUUUUAUUUUAUUUUUUCAAUUAUAAAAUAUAUUUCUAUAAAGAAUAAUUAUAUUACAAUGAGGGCAUUUUCACAAAUUUGCUAUAAUUGGAGCUAUAAUUGGAGUGGUUAAAAAUGUUUGGCUGGCAGUGCCAGGUAAUGACCUGCCUUAUUAAAUAAACUAUAAAACAUUUAGGAUGCUAUAGCAAUAAUGAGAAGCUCCUGUUUUUUUUAACACUUGUUUACCCAGAACACUUUCUGGGAUUUUCAUGAAGUUUUUUUCUUAAUGAUGGCAGACAGCUACAUGACUGAAAGACCACUGUGGUCAUUCAACAGUCUAACAGGUUCUGUGCCUAUGACUGAAAGAUUGAGUUUAAAUCUCAGGAUAGACAGAAAGUCACUGAUGGGUUCUUGAGCAAUGUUUGUGUAAUUGUGUAAAAGCUUUAUGCUUUGUAAUUGGUUUGACUUGUAAAUUACUACAAUUAUUAAUAGCAUUAAAGCCUCUGCUAACCAGA